UUCACUGGAGGGCUGCAGAAUUUAUUUAUAAAGGAUGUGGUCAAGUAUGUUGGAAAAAUAGCCAUAGCUUCCGCAGUGUAAGGCCAAAUGACAUAGGAUGAAGGCUGUUCGAAACCUGUUGAUUUAUAUAUUUUCCACCUAUCUUCUGGUUAUGUUUGGAUUAACUGGUGCCCAAGAUUAUUGGUGUUCCACUCUGGUCAAGGGGGUCAUUUAUGGAUCAUAUUCGGUGACUGAAAUGUUUCCGAAGAACUAUACAAACUGUACAUGGACGCUGGAGAACCCAGACCCUACCAAAUACAGCAUCUACCUGAAGCUAUACAAGCGAGACUUGAGCUGCUCUGAAUAUUCUUUGCUUGCUUAUCAGUUUGAUCACUACUCGCACGAAAAGAUCAAUGAGUUGCUGAAAGUCAACGAGUCUAUAGUGUACCUGUGCGAUUCGAAGAAUAUUUAUGUAUUUUUGCUGUACGACAAGAAUUUCGUUCAACUACGGAGAGUUUUCCCUUACGAUUAUAAUGGAUUGACGCCACAGAAGCUGGAGGAGGAGGAAAAGUCCAUUGUGGAGUUUUUGGUGUUGAAUAAGGCGAGCCCUAGCCAGUUUGGGUGUCAAGUGCUUUGUACAUGGCUGGAAAACUGCCUGAAGUUAGAGAAAGGGACAGUGGAGACGUGUGGGAUCGUGUACACGAAAUGCACAUGUCCUCAGCAUUUAGGCGAUGGAGAAUCAGAGAGCAUGCUGAUGCUCAACAAUGUGGUUUUACCUUUAAAUCCACAAACGGAGGGUUGCUUGUCACCCCAACUACAAGCCGGGCAGGUCUGCAAUCUGAGUGCAGAAGUGAAACGGCCUCCUAAAGAAGAAUAUGGAAUGAUCGGAGAGCAUACAGUAAAAAGUCAGCGGCCAAGAUCAGUUCAUGACACAAAGGCCCUGCAGGAGCAAGCUGAGUCUGCUAAAUUUAUGGCACAAACUGGUGAAUCAGGUGCAGAGGAGUGGUCCCAGUGGAGCUCAUGCUCUGUAACAUGCGGUCAAGGGUCGCAGGUGCGAACAAGAACAUGUGUCUCACCAUACGGAACACACUGCAGCGGCCCUUUAAGAGAAUCAAGGGUUUGCAAUAACACUGCCCCUUGUCCAGUACACGGUGUAUGGGAGGAGUGGUCACCGUGGAGCCUGUGCUCAUUCACAUGUGGCCGAGGUCACCGCACUAGGACUAGGAUGUGUGCCCCUCCCCAGCAUGGAGGCAGGGCCUGUGACGGACCUGAGACCCAGACUAAGCUUUGCAACAUAGCCCUAUGCCCAGUGGACGGACAGUGGCAGGAGUGGAGCUCUUGGAGCGAUUGCUCGGUGACCUGUGCCAAUGGCACUCAGCAGAGGACCAGGCAGUGCUCAGCGGCCGCCCAUGGGGGAUCUGAGUGUCGCGGUCACUGGGCAGAAAGCAGAGAGUGCCAUAAUCCUGACUGCACAGCAAACGGCCAGUGGAAUCCAUGGGGUCCGUGGAGCGGCUGCUCUAAGUCCUGCGACGGCGGAUGGCAGAGGCGAGCCCGGGUGUGUCAGGGGGCAGCGGUGACUGGGCAGCAGUGUGAUGGAAGCGGAGAGGAAGUCAGAAAGUGCAGUGACCAACGCUGUCCAGCGCCGUAUGAGAUUUGUCCCGAGGACUAUGCAGUGUCGAUGGUGUGGAGACGGACACCUUCGGGAGAACUGGCCUUUAAUAGAUGUCCGCCCAAUGCCACAGGCACCACCAGUCGACGCUGCUCUUUGGAUCACCGCGGUAUGGCCUUCUGGGAGCAGCCCAGCUAUGCUCGAUGCAUAACAAAUGAAUUCAGAUACUUGCAGCAAUCAGUUCAGGGGCACCUUGCAAAGGGCCAGAGGAUGCUGGCAGGGGAUGGGAUGUCCCAGGUCACAAAAAACCUGCUGGAUCUCACCCAGAGGAGAAACUUCUACGCCGGUGACCUGCUGUCUUCUGUGGAGAUCCUUCGCAACGUUACAGAGACUUUUAAGAGAGCCAGCUAUGAGCCGUCUUCAGAUGAUGUGCAAAACUUCUUUCAAAUCAUCAGCAACCUCUUGGAGGAGGAAAAUAAGGAGAAAUGGGAGGACGCGCAAAAGAUUUAUCCUGGAGCAGUGGAGCUCAUGCAGGUCAUAGAGGAAUUCAUCCACAUCGUUGGAUUGGGCAUGAAGGAUUUCCACAAUGCCUAUUUGAUGACUGGGAACUUGGUGGCCAGCAUCCAGAGACUUCCAGCAGUGUCUGUGAUGACUGACAUCAACUUCCCCAUGAAGGGUCGUAAAGGCAUGGUUGACUGGGCCAGGAACUCUGAAGAUAAAGUGGUCAUCCCAAAGGGCCUCUUUGUUUCCCAGUCAGCAGACAUGGAAGGAUCACCUGUCUUCAUUUUGGGAACAGUUCUCUACAAGACUCUCGGACUCAUGCUACCUUCACCAAAGAACCACACAGUUGUGAACUCCAAGGUCAUCGCUGUGACUGUGAGACCUGAGCCCAAGGCAACCGAGUCCCACCUGGAGAUUGAACUGGCUCACCUGGCAAAUGGAACAAUGAACCCUUACUGCGCACUGUGGGACAGCACCAUCAUGAACGAUUCUUGGGGAGCCUGGUCCACAAAAGGAUGUAAAACGGUGCUCACAGAUGCAUCCCAUACAAAAUGCUUAUGUGAUCGUGUAUCUACCUUCGCCAUUUUGGCUCAGCAACCAAGAGAAAUAACCAUGGAGUACUCAGGGGUCCCAUCUGUGACAUUGAUAGUUGGCUGUGGUCUGUCUUGCCUCUCCUUGAUCACGUUGGCAGUAAUCUACGCUGUGCUGUGGAGAUAUAUUCGCUCUGAAAGAUCCAUCAUCCUGCUCAACUUCUGCUUAUCUAUAAUCUGCUCCAACAUAUUGAUCCUUGUUGGACAAACACAGACGCACAAUGUGGGUGUCUGCAUCAUGACGACAGCCUUCCUGCACUUCUUCUUCCUGGCAUCGUUCUGCUGGGUCCUCACAGAGGCCUGGCAGUCCUACAUGGCAGUGACGGGAAAGGUUCGGACCAGGCUCAUUCGCAAGCGCUUUCUGUGUCUGGGCUGGGGAUUACCAGCCUUAGUGGUCGCUGUUUCAAUGGGAUUCACCAAAACAAAGGGCUAUGGGACACCCUUAUACUGUUGGCUGUCUUUGGAGGGUGGGCUCCUGUAUGCCUUUGUUGGACCUGCAGCUGCUGUUGUUCUGGUCAACAUGGUGAUCGGUAUCCUGGUGUUUAAUAAACUAGUGUCCAGAGAUGGCAUACUGGACAAGAAGCUGAAGCAUCGUGCAGGGUAUGACAGCACAUCCUUACAGAUGAGUGAGCCGCAUACAGGAUUAACUCUCAAGUGUGCCAAAUGUGGUGUUGUAUCAACAACUGCUUUAUCAGCAACUACAGCUAGCAAUGCAAUGGCAUCCCUGUGGAGCUCCUGUGUCGUCCUACCUCUGCUGGCUUUGACCUGGAUGUCUGCAGUGCUCGCCAUGACGGACAAGCGCUCCAUCCUCUUUCAGAUCCUCUUUGCCGUCUUUGACUCGCUGCAGGGUUUUGUCAUUGUGAUGGUGCACUGUAUCCUGCGUAGAGAGGUCCAAGAUGCUUUCAGAUGUCGCCUCAGAAACUGCCAGGACCCAAUCAGCGGUGAUGCAACAGGAACCUUCCCUAAUGGGCACGCUCAGAUAAUGACGGACUUUGAGAAAGACGUGGACAUCGCCUGCCGAUCAGCACUCCACAAAGACAUGGGCUCUUGUCGCGCCGCCACCAUAACAGGCACCCUCUCCCGCAUUUCCCUCAAUGAUGAGGAGGAUGAGAAGGCCCCUGAGGGCCUCAACUACUCCACGUUGCCUGGCAACAUUAUCUCCAAAGUGAUUAUCCAGCAGCCUUCAGCUCUGCACAUGCCGAUGGGAGUGGGCGAUCUGAAAGAGCAGUGCAUGGCUGACAGCAAUGCUGACAUGCGCCGCACUGUUUACCUGUGCACCGACGACGCCAUGCGCCAGAGCGACCAUGACAUGGUCGGCCAUGACAUGGAGGGCCACGCGGUGCAGGGCCAGAUGAUGGAGACAGACUACAUAGUCAUGCCACGUGCCUCUGCAGCAGCGGUGUCAGGGUCGGGCAAUGUGCCCACCCUCCUGAAAGACGACACCAAGAUGAACAUCACUAUGGAUACGCUGCCACACGAGAGGCUGAUGCAUUACAAGAUGAGUCCUGACUUCAAUAUCAGCCCGUCAGGCAUGGACCACAUGAAUGUGAACCUGGAGCAGCAGUAUCCUAGCGCUCCUGAGCAGAUGCAAAACCUGCCCUUUGAACCUCGCACGGCUGUUAAGAACUUCCUCGCUGAGAUGGAGGAAUCUGCGGGGCUUUCUAGGAGUGAGACAGGGUCUACAAUAUCUAUGAGCUCUUUAGAGAGACGAAAGUCACGAUAUUCUGAUCUGGACUUUGAGAAAGUCAUGCACACCAGGAAAAGACACAUGGAGCUGUUCCAGGAACUGAAUCAGAAAUUUCAAACCCUGGACCGAUUUCGAGACAUACCAAAUAUGGGCAGCAUGUUUAGCUGCAGAGGAUGUCAUGCCACUAAUAUCACACCCCACUGGCCAUGUUCACAGGACAAGGCAAUGCCAAACAAGAACCCAUGGGAGAGCUACAAUCCAGCCUGUGAGUACCAGAAUUACGCCACUAUGAAUGUACUAGAAUCUGACACCAAGGACUCACUGGAGAUGACGCCUGCGGAGUGGGAAAAGUGUGUCAACUUACCCUUGGACGUCCAGGAGGGAGACUUCCAAACGGAGGUCUAAGAGAGUGACGAAGGAGAAAAUGCAAACAAGGAAAAAGGAGGAGAAAGAGAUGUAUUUUGCACUGAAUAAAGCAACAGACUUUUCUAACAGCCUUGGCAUACAUAUCUGGAUAAUACGAGUGUGGCAGGGACAUUAUGUGCCAAUACAAUAUAAGGACUGAGAAGAGAGAAAAAAGAAAAAAAAAGG